CAAGGGUGUGUUUUUGCAGUUACUUGCCGAGCACCUUGUAUUCUGUUGGUACUGAAGGCCAACUACGAGUACCAAAGGCGGGGCUUCGUGGACCCCUGCUCCCCCCAAAAGAUGGCCCGUUUCUCCGGCGAGGACCAGGAGAUGCUGCAGGCGAUGCUGAGGCAGUUGUUCCAGAGCGUGAAGGAGAAAAUCACGGGUGCUCCCUCCCUAGAGUGCGCCGAGGAGAUCCUCUUACAUCUGGAGGAAACUGAUGAAAAUUUUCACAACUAUGAAUUUGUGAAAUACCUUAGAGAGCAUAUAUGUGACACAUUGGGGUCUAUGAUUGAAGAAGAAAUGGAAAAAUGGACAUCUGAUCAGAACCAGCGUGAGGAAUCUGGCUAUGACACAGUUGUACAGCAUGUUACUAAAAGAACUCAGGAAUCUAAAGAAUACAAAGAAAUGAUGCUUUCCCUGAAGAACAUCAUGAUUGUAGUGGUGGAAUCUAUGAUGAACAAGUUUGAAGAAGAUGAGAUACGAAGUCAAGAAAGGAAGAAAAAAAUCCAAAAGGACAAAAGCAGUAGUUACUGCACAGACAAUUGCUCUGACAGUGAUUCAUCAUUCAAUCAGAGUUACAAAUUUUGUCAAGGAAAAUUACAAUUGAUUUUNUAG